AUGUCUGAGCAAUACCAGUUGCAAUUCAUAACAGAAUCUCUUGUUGAAAUUAUGGAGCUAUUGUCAGACUCGGAGUCUCUCGAAAACGAAGUCAACCCCAAUUCCAACGACGACAAGCGUAUUCCUGUUGGUGUCUUGGACUCACUUUCAUUUUUAUUAGAAGGCACCAUCGAUCGAAUGAAUUCCAUCAAGCCCCUUCGUGAUAUUCUCUUUGAUCCCACGUGUCUCCCUCAUGUAGGAUAUAACGAGCUGACAAAGUCUUUCAGUCUGCGAAGCCUCCACUCAUGGCUCCGUGCCAAUAUUUGUCAAUGCCCCUUCUCUGUGGAAUCGUGUAUUCUCAAAGGCUCAGAUAUUCAAUGGGCUGCAGCACACAGAGAGAGUUCUGUGGCAUCCCCCGCUUCCCGUUUAUCGUCAAGCCGACAGAAGAUCGCAACAAAUGUUCACCAGUUGCCACCAACAGCGGGCUUCCGAGGGUGUGUGUCACUAGACCGUUGUCGGAAGUCAACUGUGGUCCUUGGUCCAGUUGAGAGUACAUUGACGUUGAAUGACUGUGAGGACUGUUUGGUCAUUGCGCCCACGCGUCGAGUCAUAGUGUCGGGCUCUCGUCGCUGUACCCUUCACCUUCUCUGCCCCACCCGACCGCUCCUCCUGCAACCGCCCACAGCAAAUUCGAUCAGUAAUGGGUGUGAUAUCCAGUCAUGUAUUUCCUUAACGCUCGCAGCCUCCGGAGGAGAGAGAAUCGGCAAUGAAGGCAUUGUACUUGCACCUUACCACACUACAUAUCCAGACCUGCCACGCCAUCUAGGCAAAGCUGGUCUUAACCCUAACAUCAAUCUGUGGGAUAAACCACUCCUGUUUGCACCAAUUAAAUUAACUGAGGAAAGUGAUUCACUGAAACGACUGCCAGACGUAAAGUUGUCAGCAUUCAUGCAGUCUGGUGUAAGUGUAAAGAAGAAGGCCUGUGAUGUAUGUCAAGGUGCGAUCAUCGGCCGUGAUUGUGAAACCAGUUGUCGUAGCAGCAACGAUGGUGCCGUCGAAGAGAGUUUUGGGUCACCUAUCCAAAGAACACCUCUAAUUGUUCCCCUUCCACCUGUGUACGCUGAGAUGAUUGACCGACGCCGCGCCGCAUACGAAAGCUGGCGACAAUUAAUCCAGGAAGCCAAUUUAACAGAAGAGGAGCAUGCUCUGUUUUCAGCCAGCAUAGAACAACGGUUCAAAUCAUGGCUCGUGGAAUCGGGUAUGCUAACGGAGCUUCAGUCCCUGGAAACCGCCUCGAAUUAUCUUGGUGAGAUAACCGAACAUUCCUGCAACCCUGUAGAAGAGGUCAAAACGCCAACUUUAUCCAUAUCGCCACCGCCUGUACAGCGACGAAAGUUGGGCCGUCGACAACAACUCAGUCCCACAACUGCUAUAUGA